AUGGGCGCCCGGUCACGGUCGUCCCUGCGCGGCACUGUGCGACGGAAGACCGACGACGUACAUCUGAAGCAUGAUCGUCAUGGGCUACCCAUGAAAAGGCAACGGACACUGCACGAUCUCUGGCCGGUCAAUCGUCGCCGAAGCUCCCCGGAUUGCCUCGACGCUACCACCCCAACGCAGGAUUCCGUCGCAAGCAAAGCGCGACACGUCCUCUCUGCCCCCGACACCUCGCGUCCACCGACCUUAACCCACCGCUCACGCCGAGCCUCGUCACCCUCGUCGAACAGCGUCGCGUCCAACGACCGAUUGAGCGUGUCGACAACCCCGCGCGUGAAUCACGGCGAUGGCGUCACAACCCCCGCCGGAGACUGUUCGCGACGCGCGACGGCGACAGCCACGACUCUACUUCGCGACGAUCCAGAGUCGCCAGAUCCCUUGGACACCAUCUCUCCUGCUGUGAAGACCAAAUUGAAGCCCACGCGUUCCGGACUCUUGACCCGGUCGCUGGCUUCAGAACCUAGUCUUGCAGAUUCACCGACCGCCAAGCGCUCCACGCGGCGCAAUGAUUCUCAAAAUGGCGAUUCAGAGACGAAGAAAGCCAAGGCUUCAGCUCCUCCAUCUCUCUUCCAAGAUGGGAUGACACCACUGUCCCCCGACACGCGACCGGCCAAUGCCCCACGACCGCAGGAGCAGAAACCGUCCGAGCCACAUGCUCCAGAUCAAGACUCUUCAGCUGCAGCAACGAGCGAGAGGAGAUCAUUGCGCUCCGCGGAUACUGGCUCACGAUGUAAGAGUGAGUUGGCGCAGUAUUUCCACAAUUACGAGCAGAUUAUCAGUCUCGACGAGCCCGAGCCUGAGCUUCUUGCUUUCAACACCGUGAUCACUGUCGUUGACAACCUUUCCGAGCCGUUGCCGACUGCCCAGCCUGAUCCAUCCCCAUUUGGCAAUCCGUUGCGAAAACUACAUGAUUGCAAAGUCAUCACACUACCAGAGCCUGCUCCGGACUCGGAUCCGGCGGACCCUCUGACCGAAGACCUCUAUUUUCGUGCUCACCGCAGGUUUGAGCGUCAAGAGAAGCAUCUGCGCAACAUUGAGCGUGAUCGUGCACAACACGAAAAACAACAUCUGGAUCGACUUCUCGAGGAGCUUCAAAGUCCCGACUGGCUGCGUGUCAUGGGUCUCACAGGAGUUCACGAGAAUGAGAAGAAGCUUUACGAGCCCAAACGCAAGAUACUCGUUGACGAACUUGUCGCCUUGGUCAACAAGUUCCAAAAGUGGAAGGACGAGGAGCGCAAACGCAAGACGGCCAAAGACAAACACCUGCAUACGGGAGACGCCGAGCCUGACUCACAAGUCGUCAAGGAUACUGCACGCAGGCCACCGGCCAAGGUCGUCGAAGACACGGCUGAGGAAAGCUCCGCUCUAUCCGAUGCUUUGAGUACCCCAGACCCGAGUGAUGUGGAUGCCCUGGCUGCUCGCCAAUUGCAUCAAGAAGCGCGCUCGGCCUCGGUUGCGAAACAGCGCAAAUCUGUAUCGGAGGGUAGUCGAAAACCCAAGACCAAACGCUCCGAGGGAGGUGACGAAUCGAGCUCGGCGUCUGCACACAAAACAAAGCCCAACAAGUCACAAUCCACACCGUUCUCCCACGACGUACGAACACCCGCUGCUCCUUCUCCACCACCUCCGCCCGCUUAUAUGUAUAUCCCACCUCCUCCUGACAAACCAUUUACCUCCUUCUUUGAAGAUUCACAUCAGCGAGAGUUGGCCGUGGCCACUCUCGCUGGCUCCCAACGGGACCGGACUCAUACUGUUCUGGCCUUUGGUCAACCGCUGCCCGAGAUGCCCGAACGAGAAUUCCUUCCACCAGAGGCAAUUCUCACCGACGAAGCACUCCAUGCCUCGCAGCGACAACGUCGACUCUUGAAGCGACGCAAUCGUGGGUGA